AUGUUACGGUACGGAUCGUCAUUGUCAGGGGAGAUGAUGGAAGAGCCCCACCCGUGCGGGAAGGGGUUCGACUGCUCCUCCAUGGAGGGCGGACCCUGGAUCUGCCGGGGGGAGAUGGAGGCCGGGCCAAAGUUCGAGUGGGAAGGACCCAACUUCGGCAUCACCAACUUCGACAACUUCGCACUCGCCAUGCUCACCGUCUUUCAGUGCAUUACUAUGGAGGGGUGGACCAAUGUCCUCUACGAUGUGAACGAUGCCAUUGGAAAUUCUUGGCCUUGGAUCUAUUUCAUAUCCCUCAUCAUCUUUGGUUCCUUUUUCGUCCUUAAUCUCGUCCUUGGUGUCCUGAGCGGAUGCCAUGGGAAGCACGUGGCAGUGGAUCUAUUUUGUCUCGCUCGUAAUCCUAGGCGCAUUUUUCGUUAUGAAUCUCAUUCUUGGUGUCCUAUCUGGGAAAGGGAGAAGGCGAAGCAGCGCGGAGACUUCCGCCGCUUCGUGGAGCGCAAGCGGAUGGAGGAGGACCUCCAGGGCUACCUCGAUUGGAUCGCUCAGGCGGAGGACCUGGACCCCGGGGACGAGGACAACAACGCUGCCGAGAGGCUCAAGAGUAUGAAUGCAACAUGCGGCGAGCUCGCUCUCGAGCCUCUCUUUCCAUCAGUGAGAAAUUUUUACUGGAAUAUGGAGACGGAGGCCCUCCAGCAGGGAGAAAAUGGGGAGGGGGAAGCCGUCGCUCAAGAAUCUUGGUUCGCGACCAAGAGGAAAACGUUCGACAGGCCUGUGAAACUGUAUCUCGGUAGGGUGAACCGGAGGAUGCGUCGUCUUCUGCGGAAGGCGGUUAAGUCUCAAGCGUUCUACUGGCUCAUCAUCAUUCUUGUGUUCCUCAACACAGGCGUUCUCGCCUCUGAGCAUUAUAAUCAACCCCCUUGGUUAGAUCACUUCCAAGAUAUUGCAAACUUGAUAUUUGUGGUGCUAUUUACCAUUGAGAUGUUUCUCAAAAUGUACAGCUUAGGAUUUCAGGGAUAUUUUGUGUCUCUUUUCAACCGGUUUGACUGCUUUGUGGUGAUUGCAAGUAUUAUCGAGAUAGUAUUGACUCACACACAUGUGAUGCCACCUCUUGGGCUCUCAGUGUUGAGGUGUGUGCGGUUGCUCAGGAUUUUCAAAGUCACCAAGUAUUGGAAAUCCCUCUCCAACUUGGUGGCGUCCCUCCUGAAUUCCAUCCAGUCGAUUGCAUCCCUCAUCUUGCUUCUCUUCCUCUUCAUCAUCAUCUUUGCGCUGCUUGGGAUGCAGUUGUUCGGGGGGAAGUUUGACUUUAACGCUGCCGAGGAAAAGCCCCGCAGUAACUUUGAUUCCUUCUGGCAGAGCUUGCUUACCGUCUUCCAGAUCCUGACAGGAGAAGACUGGAACGCAGUGAUGUAUCAAGGGAUUCAAGCAUACGGCGGCGUCGCGAACAUCGGGGUCUUGGCCUGCUUCUACUUCAUCAUCCUCUUCAUCUGCGGCAACUACAUCCUGCUCAAUGUAUUCUUGGCCAUCGCCGUGGACAACCUCGCGGACGCCGAGAGCCUGACGGCCAUCGAGAAGGAAGCGGAGGAAGAGGAGGAGAGGCUGAAAUCCGAGGAAAGGGAGAGAGGGGACGAAGAAGAGAAAGGGGAAGGCGAAGAAGAGGAAAAGGAAGAGGAAGAUAAUGAGGAAGUGGAUCAGAGUGCCGAGUCCACCGACCUUAAUCAUGUCCCAGCUUACAGACGGAAUGACGAGGGCUUGGAGAGUGGGGAGGGGGAAGAGGAAGAUGAGGUAGAAGAGGAUGAGGAAGAAGAGGAGGAAGAGGAGGAUGAGGAGGAGGAGGAGGGAGAAGGAGGGACUAAGAAAAAGAGAGCGCGACCCCGUCGCCUCUCCGAUCUCAAUGUCAAGUCCAAAGCGACUCCCAUGCCACGGGCCAGCUCCUUCUUCAUUUUCUCUCACACAAACAGGGUGCGGGUCCUGUGCCACCGAGUCUGCAAUCACAACUACUUCGGGAACAUCGUCCUGGCGUGCAUUCUCAUCUCGUCGGCCAUGUUGGCCGCCGAGGACCCGCUCAAGUCGCAGUCGCCCCGGAAUCAGAUCUUGAACCACUUCGACUACUUCUUCACGACCGUUUUCACGAUCGAAAUCCUCUUCAAAGUCGUGGCAUACGGUCUGAUCCUGCACAAGGGAGCAUUCUGCCGCUCGGCCUUCAACCUGCUCGAUCUUCUCGUCGUCUGCGUCUCCCUCAUCUCCUUUGGCUUCAGCAAUGGAGCCAUCUCCGUGGUGAAAAUCCUCCGUGUCCUCAGGGUGCUCCGACCCCUGAGGGCCAUCAAUCGUGCCAAGGGCCUCAAACACGUGGUCCAGUGUGUGAUCGUGGCCGUGAAGACGAUCGGAAACAUCGUGGUGGUCACUUCUCUUCUUCAGUUCAUGUUCGCUGUGAUAGGUGUGCAGCUGUUCAAGGGGAAAUUCUCUUCCUGCUCUGACAAAUCGAAAAUGACCCAGGAAGAAUGCCAGGGUCACUUCAUCGUGUUCGACGACGGGAACAUCGAAAAGCCGAUCGUGGAGACCCGGAAUUGGACCCUGAACAGUUUCCACUUCGACGACGUGCCCAAGGCCAUGCUCACUCUCUUCACGGUCUCCACUUUCGAGGGAUGGCCUCAGCUCCUGUAUGUAUCGAUCGAUUCGCACACCGAGGAAAUGGGUCCCAUCCACAACUACCGACCUUUCGUCGCCGCUUAUUAUUUCAUUUACAUCAUCAUCAUCGCCUUCUUCAUGGUGAACAUCUUCGUCGGCUUUGUGAUCGUCACCUUCCAGAACGAGGGAGAGAUGGAGUACAAAAACUGCGAGCUGGAUAAAAAUCAGCGCAACUGCAUCGACUUCGCCCUGAAAGCGAAACCGGUGAGGCGCUACAUACCGAAGCACCGAGUCCAGUACCGGGUCUGGUGGUUCGUGACGUCACCGUACUUCGAGUACUUCAUCUUCUUCCUCAUCAUGAUCAACACGGUGAUCCUGGCCAUGAAGUUCCACAAGCAGCCGGAAGCGUAUACAAAAGCGCUGGACAGCCUCAACAUGGUCUUCACGGCCAUUUUCACGCUGGAGUUUAUUCUCAAGCUGCUUGCCUUUCGGCCGAAGAACUAUUUCGGGGAUGCGUGGAAUGUGUUUGAUUUCAUCAUCGUGUUGGGAAGCAUCAUCGACAUCGGGGUUUCCGAAGUCACGCCGGGAGAAAAUCUCUUCAGCAUAAAUUUCUUCCGGCUGUUCCGAGUGAUGCGUCUGGUGAAGCUCCUGAGCAGAGGCGAGGGGAUCCGGACGUUGCUCUGGACGUUCAUCAAGUCCUUCCAGGCGCUGCCGUACGUGGCGCUGCUGAUCGUCAUGCUGUUCUUCAUCUACGCCGUCAUCGGGAUGCAGGUGAGCGGGAGACUCUCCGAGAGGAAGACGGUCCUGGGGAAGAUCGCGCUGGACCCGGACACGGCCAUCAACCGCAACAACAACUUUCAAACGUUCCCGCAAGCCUUGCUGGUGCUGUUUCGCUCUGCGACCGGGGAGGCGUGGCAGGAGAUCAUGCUGGCGUGUCUUCCGGGUCAGAGGUGCGAGCCGGAGAGCGAUGAUGCCGGAGGAGGCUCUGAUUGUGGCACCACCUUUGCCUAUCCGUUCUUCAUAUCCUUCUAUGUUCUCUGCUCCUUUCUGAUCAUCAACCUGUUCGUGGCCGUCAUCAUGGACAAUUUCGACUAUCUGACUCGGGACUGGUCGAUCCUCGGGCCGCAUCACCUGGACGAGUUCGUGCGGCUGUGGAGCGAGUACGACCCCGACGCCAAGGGCCGCAUCAAGCACCUCGACGUCGUGACCUUGCUGCGGAAGAUCUCACCGCCUCUCGGCUUCGGGAAGCUGUGUCCGCAUCGGGUGGCUUGCAAGAGGCUGGUCGCAAUGAACAUGCCGUUGAACAGCGACGGCACCGUGAUGUUCAAUGCGACCCUGUUCGCCGUCGUGAGAACGUCCCUCCGCAUCAAGACGGAGGGGAACAUCGACGAUGCCAACGAGGAGUUGAGAGCCGUGAUCAAGAAGUUCUGGAAGAGGACGCCACCGAAGCUCCUGGACCAGAUCAUUCCACCUCCAGGCAAUGAUGAUGAUGUGACGGUGGGAAAGUUCUAUGCCACAUUCCUAAUCCAGGACUACUUCCGUCGGUUCAAGAAGAAGAAGGAACUAGCAGCAAAAGAGGGGGAUAAGAGCGAAAUCACUGUCACGCUCCAGGCUGGAUUGCGGACAUUGCACGAAGCCGGGCCGGAGUUGAAGCGAGCCAUUUCAGGGAACCUCGAUCAGCUGUUGGAAGACGAUCCAGAACCAAUGCAUCGGGUGUCUCCAACUCAUUCACUGGACUACACUCAAUCUGGUGCAAACCACAUACCAGUGCAGUCAUGGAAUUCCACGCAUAAAAUUGGCAGCGGGGAGGAAGACGAAGCUUCGCUGAAGCCAGUCCACCUGUUGAACGGGAGUGCUGAUGUUACCGCGCCCUAUCACCAUCAAUACAUCACGGAGGAGCUUGGGUCUGUCUCGUCUUCCUCUUUGGAUUCCCAAAUUCUUUCCAAAUCCAAAACCUGUGGAGGAUGCCAUCUUUCUCCCUAUUCCCUGUCUCCUUAUAUGCCCCAGCGUGCUCCCUCGUAUCAUGGUAGAGGUAAUCGACCUUUCGUGCAUGUCUUCCGUCAUUUUUCCAUGUGGUGUCUUCACAAUGGCAAUCUAAACAUGGCAUGCAAAGUGGCAGAUGUUGCAACACUGCUUCUUAAUGCUAAAAAGAAUAAGCCUCUCUCACAUACAAGCACCUUCGAGCACAAGAUCCAGACACUGUCAAGAUCGAGUCCCCCGGGGAUCGUUGAGAAGACGGGUGGAGCACUAUCUGCCCCGGGAAGUCCCUCGUUUGGGGAUCGUUAUGUCGGCUCGGCCGAGAGUCUUGUCGGACGGGUAUUGGUAGAGCAGGGGCUAGGAAAAUACUGUGAUGAAGAUUUCGUGAGAACAGCAUCACGAGAGAUGCAGGAAGCAAUGGAUAUGACUCCGGAAGAGAUGGAGGCGGCAGCUCAAGAGAUCCUCCAGUUGCGGGGCAACGCGUCUCCCGGCAGCGGCAGUGGCAGUGACAGUGACACCGACCGGACACAACACUCCCGCACCACCCGGCUCUGAGGAUCGGCCAUCUCGUCACCAACUUCUGUGCAAUAUCCUCCAGGGAUUUUUCUUUUUUGCCAUUUCUCCCAUGCCAGCCGAUCUCAGCAUGUAGGAAUUUGCUCUUCCUACUUUCGAUGAUGUACGUAUAGAACCCUAGUCAGAGGGGAACGAGAGAAGUGGUCUGCGUUGACAAAUCAUUUUUCCUUGUGUCAGAACUGAAAUGACACCUCCAGCCCUCAUCUGUGAGGCCAAUCCCAGUGACACAGGUGCUAUUUGUAUUCUUUUUUCCACAUACAUUUGGCUUGUUUGACCACAUUGUCAAGGAUUUGAAAUUCAGCAGACCAAGAAUGAGUCUCUCCCCCUACCUCUUCCAUGUACUUCUGACAUCUCACACCAUCCGAGGUGCCAUCUCACUUCUCAGUAAUUUUGAGCUCAUGACAAUGCCUGGAAGAAGAGGGAAACUUUUUGCUUUGAGUUACCUGGCUUUGCUUGUUGAUUUUUGACAAAAGAGUGAACACCAAACGAGUGAUCUUUUAUCAUCCACCUACUGGUAGAUGCUAGAUCCUGUGCCCUCGUUCAAUUGAGUGCCUAUCCUUUCUUUUCCUUCCUUCUCCUUCUUUAUUGAAGGAUUCUGUGAUAAUCACAAAGAAUAUGUAGAUGCAGUGAAUUUUUUAUUUGGUCUCACCCCAUUAAUUUUAGGAGAACUAGGAGAAAUCAGUCUUCCUGUUAUUCCAACGCCCCUCAUUUGAGACAGUGCAUGCAGACGAUGAGAAAUCUAUCGAGUGCCACACGGAGACUUGCAUUACAAGUGCCUCAUGCUCAUUGUGAUAUCUCUGCCUGUUUGUGUUGGGAAGUACGUUAGCUCUUGGUAGCAGAGAGACUUUUUACCAUUGGAUUGUACUCCUUUGAUGCCCUCGAGUUUAUUAUGGAUGGGUGACUUGGUUUCAGCCAUCACUUGUGAAUUGACAGGGAUAAAAAGAAAAGAUGUGGUCCUUGAGGCUCUAAAUCUCCCAUGGAUCAUUGGGUAUUUUAUGGGGUCAUUAAGUUUUCCAGGUACUGAAAAUGAAGUUUAUUACAAAUAUACCUGCUGAACUUGGAAAAUAAAUAGUUUUUGAAAGUCA